AUGGAAGGCGGCGCUUGGUGCGCCCGCGACAUUUCACUGCGGGCCCAAAAAAAAUUCCUAUCAAAAGUCGGCGGCGCGGCCAGCGCACGUGCUCUUGUCCUUGAUGAACAAGCUGCUAAAUUACUAGAUCAGUUUUUAACAGUACUCCGACAAAGGGUAGACAAGCGCGAAGCGGAGAAGGUGGUGAAACAUGUAAUUAAAGCGGCUGUAAAGCUUGGCGUGUUAAGACGACACGGACAGCUGUCAGCGGCUGACGAACGCGCUUUAGCUGCUUUCAGAGCUAAAUUUUACACGGUGUUGAUGGCGGUAAUAUCUUUCUGUGAAGUCGAUUUUUCUUACGAUCGCGGCUUCCUUCAAGACGCUCUACGAGAUUCUCACCAGUCACUCAAGUCGGUUGUAGAAAGGCAUUUAUCUGACAAAUCAGUGUCUCGUCUCGGCGGAGUGUUCGCGUUGGCGUCACGAGGCGAGCUCCUAGACUCGCUGUUCGCUGGACAGAUAGACGACGACGUAUUAAAACUAACGAAAAUGAUCAGAAAAGAAUUGGACAGAGGUCUACUGUAA